CACGUGCCCGGAAAUACGACUCGCGCUGGCUUUCAAUCAAAAUACAAAGACUCACUCCCCUCCCGAUAUUCUAAUGUAUUACAAUAUAAUUCCAUAUUUGUAUUAAUUUUCUGGGCACGGGUGGCAAUAUGCGACGUCUUGGCUCAGUCCAGCAGAAAGUAUCUUGUGUUUUUAUGACGGAAGUCAAAGAUGAACCGUCCAGAAAACGUGACUGCCAACCAUUCAACAUGGUCGCCACUACUAUGUUAAACCCCGCUGUAGUGGAAGCAGACAUAAACAGCGCACUGGCCACAGAGAAACUGGACGGCACCUGUUGCUAUGUUACACACUACAAAGGGAAACUGCACCUCUGGGCUCGACUGGACAGGAAAGCCAAUAAACAAGCAGAGAAGAGAUUCAAGAAAUACCAAUACUCUCACAGGAGCACCAAAGGUUUUACGUGGAAUCUAGAAGAGGACUUUAAAACGGUGCCGGACACGUGGAUCCCGGCUCACCGGGUCAAACAUCACAACGGUCAGCCUGUCCCCGAUGAACAUGGACACAUUCCAGGUUGGGUUCCGGUAGAAGAUGGCAUCAAGCAGUACUGUUGGCACUCGUCCGUGGUGGAUUAUGGCGUGGGGACUGUGCUGCUGCUCCGUCCUGUUGCCACCAACGACUACGACACGUUGGAAAUAGCCGCUGUGCCGCUAACAGACCUCCAAGAACAAACUCUGGAGCUUAUCGGGACCAACAUCAAUGGAAACCCUUAUGGCCUGGGAAGCAAGAAGCAACCCAUCCACUUGCUGGUAUCCCACGGGAGCGUCCGCGUCCAAAACCCGCCACCGGUGGACUUCCAGCAGCUCUACUCGUGGUUCCGCAGCAGCGACGAGGGCCUAGUGGAGGGUAUUGUGUGGCAUUGCGGCGACGGCUCGCUCUUUAAGGUUCACCGCCACCACCUGGGCCUGGAGUGGCCAGCAGAGGACACUUACUUGGGCAACAAGUCGGUGGUGGUCCACGUAGGUGGGACAACGGUCGCAGCCGGCGACGGUAGCAAGAGUCUGUUUGUGUCAAUGUCCCACCUCAAUGGACGCUGUUUCAGCCGCCUACGUGACAUCCACUUUGACUUGUGAAUCCAAAGUCCACAACAUAUUCAAACGCAGACAAGCAUUCACGCUCUUCAUUUAGCUUUCAACAAGCCUAGCAUUACAAACAAAUCAAAUACAGUAUGUAUUUUUGUCCAACCUGGCUGCCAGGAAUAAAUACGUAUACGGUAGAUUGAGCCCAACAAAUAA